AUGUUAUGGUUUAAUGAUUCUGAGGAUGAUUAUAUUUCACCAAGUGAAAACACAAACGAUAAUUCCUCUAUAUCAAAUGAUGAAUUUGAGACUGCUAAACAGUAUCAUGAUAAUAAUCACAAGUUUACUCUUGUUAUGGAACGUAUUGUGGCAUUGGAGGCUGAAAAUGCACGUCUUCAAAAACAUCUUAAUAAAGAAGAAAAACAGCAAACUGUUAAUAAUGUAAGAAGAAAGUUAGAUGAUGAUGAUAUUUCAAGUGAUAAUUCAGAGUUACCUAGGCUAAAGAAAAUAUCCAAACAUGCUAAACUUAACCAACAUUCAUUUGAUUUAAGUAUUAAUGAUGAGCGUGACUGUCCUAUUCCUAAGCCAAAAGUUGGUCGUAAAUAUUUGGAUUUUCGCAAAGUACUUAAUAUAGAAAAAGAAGAGUAUAACAGUUAUCGGGAGGCUUUACGACACCAAGUUAGUCAUAACCUCAAAGGAAAUAUUAAGAUGUUUAAAGAGUUGUCUGAAGAGAGAUCCUACAUAUAA